CUAAAAUCCAUUCAACUUAUUUUUAUGCACUAACUAAUAAGAGUAUUAUUACCUGUCUGUCUCUCUAUCCUUUUUGCCUUUUUCCCUUUAUUUUUAUUUAUUUUUUUUCUUUCCUUUGUUUAACCCAUAACUGAUUCAUUCAUUGGUAGUAUUACUACUUAUUUUCAGCUCAGCAAAUUUAGGGUUUUUAUUUACCCAAACGGGAUUGAUUCAAAUUUUCCAAUUGUUCGGAUAAAAUUGCUCAGGUAGAUUUUGAUUUUUGAAUUCAAUUCGAAAUAAACAAUGGGGAGUCUCGAGAGUGUUUCCGGUGAUGUAAGAUUUUGAAAUCCUUUUUUUUUGUUAUCUUUCGUUGGAGGAAUUUUUUGGGGGAUUUUAAUGGCGACGGAGUCCAAUACCGGAGUGAACUUCCACCAUCACCAUCACCCUCACAAUCACCGGCCUCAAACCAUGUCGUUUCAGACGGCGAGCAUGGGUUCGGAUUUUGUUGGGAAUUAUUAUUACGGCGGGCAAGGCGGUGGAGGAGUAAAUAUGAAUGUAAAUAACGCAGCCGGAGGAAUUGUGUUUUCUGGAACUCCGGCCGGUAUUAUAAGUAGUAGCAGUAGUAGUAAUUCGGGGAUUCCUCUUCAGCAGGGAAGCUCCUUGGGGACUCUUCUUCUCGACACAGUGCCAGGGCUUAAACAUGAAGCUGGCCUCGCCGUUGAGUGGUCUGUUGAGGAACAGUAUAAGUUGGAGGAAGGACUUGUCAAGUUUGCUGACGAGCCUAGUAUAAUGAAGUAUAUUAAAAUUGCCGCUGCCCUUCGAGACAAAAGUGUUCGUGAUGUUGCCUUGAGAUGCAGGUGGAUGAUGAGAAAACGGAGAAAACAGGAAGACCAUAAUCUGGGGAAGAAAGUCAAAGAUAGGAGGGAUAGAAUUGAGUCAUGCAUGAAGAAUAAUAUUGGUUCACCCUCAUCAAUGAGCAUGGGUGCAAUUCCUGCGUAUUCUACACCACUACAAGCUCAGGAUCCAAAUCAUGUUGCUGCUUCUGGUGCUUUACCUGGUACAUCGAGACAUCUCCUAGAAGAGAAUAAACAAGCUCUUGGUCAAAUUUCAUCUAAUCUUAGUGCUCUUAAGUUGCAGGAAAAUGUUGAUCUCUUUCUUCGGACAAGGAGUAAUCUAACUACAAUUUUGAAUGACAUGAGGAAUAUGCCAGGAAUAAUGAGCCAAAUGCCACCGUUGCCUGUGUGUUUAAAUGAGGAACUGGCAAAUUGUGUCUUACCAAGUUCAUCACAGGUAAGUUUGCAUGGUUUUCUAGUUUCUUUUCCAUAGUCUGCCAUUUAGUUGUCUUUUCUUGGAAUUUGAGUUAUGAUAUUAACUGCGGAGUAAGAUUUGUAGUGUUAGUUUGGGAUUUUGGGGAUCUUAGAUUCUACACCUAGAUUUUGAACAAGAAAUUUCUACUGUCAAUCAAGAGAUGGAUGUAUUAGCAACUGUUAUCCUGAGGGACUUAUCACCAGAUGUAGGAAUUUUUCCAAACAAAGAUCCCAAAUUUAUGAUUGUGAUUAUUUCGGUGAUUGUACUUUCUUUUUUAUAUUGGAAUUUAUGUAUGAUGAUGCUAAAUAUGUGCUGUUUUGAUUCCUAUAGUGCGUGAUGUUUGGUUCUCCAGCACUCCAUCUGAAGCAGGAACCAGGUUGCUGAUGAGAGUAUGCUGUUACCUUGGGUUAUGUGUGUAAAUGCAGAUAGGUUUCCGCUGUAAAUUCUGAAGCAGCUGGUAGGUCAUUCUGGAUUCUGUAUACAAUAUUUAUCUGCCCUCCGGGCUACUCAAUAAAGCUCCAUUCAUUCCGGUCUGUUGUGAAUCUGAAUCUUUGCUGUGCCGGAAACUGAGCACCAGCACAUGGUAACAAUAAACUGCGGGGCCAAUUUUGCAAGUCAGCUUCUUGGAGGUUCUGGGGUAUUGGGUUGUUUUGUUGUGGCAAAAGGGAGAAGAGCUUGUUCAGAUGAUACCUUGGAAGAGAAAUGUCGAUUAACAUGAUUUCUGUAUAAAAUUCUGAGAGCUUAGAUUUAUUGGAUGCUUGGUGCUUCCCUAUUGAAAUAGGGGCGCCAUAUUUAUUAGGGCUCAUUUUGUUGUAGAAUGAAUGCCUAUGGACAUUUCUUUUGCAAGUUUCUGAGUUUGGUUAGUUUUGCUGCUGACUCUGUUUUCUUUCUGGGCGUAAGAACAAGUCAUCUGGCAAAAAAGCCGUGUUCCCCAACCUUGCGAGUUGGAUAGCUUUGUUUCCAAAUUUAUAACUUCAUACAAUAAAGGUCAGAAUGACA